GCUUAUGCUCGAAACUGGCAGCGGAAAUUCGGAGUCUCCAAUUUAACGAAUACAAAUUUUUAAGUUUUCUUGAAUAACUGCAAAUUUUGUUCCAAUUUGAUGAGUUGAUGUUACUGCUUAAGCUUGGAACUAAAAACUGUAAAAAAUGGUGAAGACCAAGUUUACAGAAGGUGAAAGAGUCCUUUGUUAUCAUGGCAUUUUGUUGUAUGAGGCCAAAUGCCUCGAACAUCGAGUCAGCGACAAAGUUAUUGAAUUCAAAGUCCACUACGCUGGAUGGAAUAAAAGCUGGGAUGAAUGGGUACCUGAAGACAGAAUUCUGAAGUACAACGAGGCCAGUUUACAAAAACAGAAGGAACUGAAGAAAGAAUAUGAGCUGUCGAAAGUACCUAAGAAAAAAGGUGUGAAGAGAAAAUCUGAAGCACCGAAAGCAGAGGCUUCGACAACGAGCAGCAGCAGAGCAUCCACACCAUCAUCUGAAGCAUCAUCUGUCAAAACACCAGUGACUGCGUCUGGCAAGACACCGUUGGCGCCACCAACACCAAAGGAAACAUCAGAACCAGAAGCUAAGAUCAUGGUGUUGGAACCUGUUCAGGUCAAAGAAGACAUUGUUGAAAAGCCUGCUGCAGAGCAAAAGGAUGAAAUCCUUCUGCAAGAGCUGAUCAUUCCUGAAAACCUGAAAAAAGUUCUCGUUGAUGACUGGUACCUGAUUCAGAAGCAAGACAAACUUUACAAUCUUCCCGCAAAGGAGACAGUCCGAGAUGUGCUCGACAAUUUCAUCCAAUUCAGGGUUGUCAAGACCAAUUGCGAUAAGAGUGGUGAAAGUGCGUUGAGGGAAGUUGCUAAAGGUAUCUGCACCUACUUUGACGUCCUGCUUGGAAAACAACUAUUGUACAAAUUCGAGAGGCCACAGUAUGCAGAGAUUCUGCAAAAACACCCUUUUACAGCCAUGAGCCAAAUAUAUGGAGCCCCACAUCUCUUGAGGCUAUUCUCUUGGAAAGGAAGCUUGGUGUCUAAGUCACAGUUUGACGAAAACAGCUGUGAAUAUUUGAAUAAGCACUUCAAAACGAUCAUCAAAUAUCUUGCAGACAACAAGAAUACUUUGUUCAACACCGAUAACUACAUGACGUCCACUCCGGAAUACCAUCGCAGGGUUAUCUAAUUAAUAAAUAAUUGGUACACUACUUUGUAAAUGAUCAA